AUGCGAACAAUCAGAAUAACAUUUUUUGCAAUACAAACUAAGAAAUGUCAUAAUUUAUUUGGAAUCAAAGAUUUAGUUCGUCAGGAAAAGCCAGAAAUAUUUUCCAUAUCUCCCGUUCAAAGCAGUAAUCAUGAAAUAGCAAUAGACAUGAUAAAGCAAUAUUACUUUAAAGAACAUGUUUUGGUUCGCGCGCGGAACAUGGAUCUGUCCAGUGACCGGGCCAUUGACGAGUACCUCAUGGGGUUACUGAAGCAGGGUAACUCUCUAUUUGCAAGAACUGAGGAUGGUACAACCGCAGGUGUCUGUAUUAAUUUUGCAGCUAGUCCGAUCGACGUAAAAAAUCUACGCAAUUACGCCUUUUACAGACAAGAUCCAAAUACGAAAGAUCUCCUUUACUUUACUGCAAAACUUCAGGAGACACCUAAUCUUUGGGAAAUUUUUAAACAGAACAAAGUUUUUGAGAUGAAAAUGUUGGCUGUGAUUCCCGAGUUCCGUAGACAAGGCGUCGCUACUAUGUUGGCAGAGAAAUCGAAGGCGCAAGCGCAGGAUCAGGGUUACCAUGUCGUUCGUAUGGACUGCAUUAAUCCGUACGAUUAUAAAAUCGCCGAACGCUGUAUGUUAUCUUGCCUAGUAAAGUACCCCCUACACAAGUUGCGCGGCGCCCACGCACCAUUCAUAAAGCGCAGUUCGGAGCACAACAGAUGCGUACGCGUGUACGUAGCGCAUGCGCAGUACGACUCACCUGAGAUGAGUUUGAUGCGUCAACAAGUUGAUGAGAGCAUGUUUGAAUGAGAUUUAUUUUUUUUAUUAAAGCAAAUAGUAUAGAAAAAUGUGUAACUAUGACAUUGUCUCACUUUUGUUACGAUUGUAAAAUUGCUGUUUUGUAAUAUUUCAUAAAUUGUUAAAAAUGUUAAAGGAUGCUUUGAUUACUAAUACCUACGUACCAGUAAUGUUUUAUUAGUAAGGAGUUAACAUUAUAAAUGGUUGACUAAGGUAGAUCAUACUUUUCUACGUGUAGUCAUAAUUAUUAUUGUUGUACGUGUACAAUUUUGUCUCUUAUAACCGAAGCUCUAGUCAUAGUUUAUCGCAUUUUAAGGAUGUGGAUCUGAUAUGUUAACUAUAGAGACAUUAUUCUUUAUAAAUUGUUUCUUUUUAUUUUGAAAUUAUUAUAUUUUUCGUAAUUGUCAAUAUUUAAAAUGUUGUUACAAUAACAAUUAAUGUUUUAGAAGUGUUUUAAAUAAAAUAAUCAUUCUAGUUUUAAA